AUGGAAAAAAGAAGAGCAGAUGUGCCCCCCUUGAAGAAAAUAGCAUACGAUGCAUCUGUUGUGGGAGAAGGCAACUGGUGGGAUGAGGAACAGACCACAACCAUCCUGCAGAAGAAAAUAGAUGCAAUAUUUGCACAAAUCGAGGAGUAUAAGAGAGUUGCAGAGCAUGCAGAGAGCGAAAAGCUAAGAAUAGAAAGAGUGAAGGUGGACGAGUUACUUUCUCUAUUGGAGAAUGUACACCCAGAUAAAGUAAAUUCAGAGAUGCCAGAAAUAAUUAAGAAAGAAAUACUAAACUGCCAGCAGCAUAUGCAGACCAUUUCGCAGUUAAGAAAGAGAGCAAGCCAAGCAAAAGAAGUUACUGUGCAGCCCCAGCCAGAGGCUACUCCAGCAAUAGACGCAAGUGAAAUAUCUGAGCACAUAAAUCGUAUAGAUAGCUUAGAAAGCAAAGUUCUACAUAUGGCCAGUAGGCUUCCUCCUAAUUACACGAAGCUAGUCAAAGCACUUGAACAAGAGAACAAGGACUUGUCUUUAAGCAUAAAAGUACUUACGGAGAAGAUAGAAGAGUUUAUUAAGAAAGACGCAGAGUCGUACAGAGAGAAGGAGAAAGCAGAAAAGAGAAUUGAAGAAAUAUUCCAGGCAUCUUCCAAGAAAGAAUCAGAGCUUCUGGCAGAGAAAGAGAGGAUUUGUACAGAAAAGGAUAUUUUACAGAAGAGAGUAAAUGAAUUAUAUCUAGCUUUAGAGACAUUAAAUUCCACAAUAGUUGAGCAAACUAGGGAUUUAGAGAAUGUAUCAGAGAACCGGGUGGAGUGUGCAAACCAGUGCCACAUCCGAAUAAAAGAGCUAGAGAACAAGGAAAUAGACCGGCUUGAAGAGGUAGCAUUUCUUGUGCGAAAAUACAUUGACACAGGAAAGAAAAACGAUUUGUUACUAGAAGAAAUUACAGAAUUAAAGCACCAGAUAAAGUACAGUGCACCACAAAUAAUCUCUAUUCCAGAAGAGUCCAAUAAUCACAAGGAAAUCAUAAAAUCAUUACAAGAAGAACUACACCAACUAAAGGUGGAUGUAGAAAGGGGCAAGAUGGAUUAUUUAGAAAGAAAGUCUUCGGCGAAUUACCAUAAACGAAAAUCUGUUCAGCAUGAAGCAGAAUUAUCAGCUGCGAGAAAAGCUGCAAGUGAUUUAGCAGAGGUAAACAAGCAUUUACAAAGCAGAUUGCACGAGUCAGAGAAAAGUAAGAAGCUGUCCUCUCAGAGAGACAUAGAGCUGUAUCAGGGAAUGAUUAGAUGCAGUCUCUGCUCUACUAAUAUUAAGAAUGUAGCACUCAAGAGAUGCAUGCAUCUAAUGUGUCGGGCGUGUAUUGAUGAAAGAAUGGCAAGCCGGCAGAAGACUUGUCCUUUGUGUGGCACCACCUGCACCCCAAAUGACAUUGUAAGUGUCUAUUUGUAG